AUGCUGGAAUCCGCCGGCCAGGGUUUUGAUGUAGCAAGAGACUUGGCGCUGUUGGCAUGGUCGUUGGCGAAGUUGGAGUUGGCCAGUCCGCGCUUGAUGUCGGCGGCUGCCGAUCAGAUCCUCAAGCAGAUCACGGCGCGGACUUGUGGCCCGCAGGCUGGGGCUCGCGGCCUGCAGCUUCUGCAGUCUGGCGGUUCCGGCGGUUCCCGUCCUUCCGAAUCUUCCGACAGGUUCGCACUCGAGACUCUCUUCGAGUCCGAUCAGCAGGAGCUCACCAAUGCAGCAUGGGCGCUUGCAGAAGUGCGCUACCGUAGUUCGCCCUUCACCGAAGCGAGGCGCACUUGGGUGCUGGCACCCUCGUCAUUUUGUAGCGGGUUGCAUCAUUCGUUGCUUUCCGAUGCUUUUCUGCCAAUUUUCUGGUCAUCUUUCAGCUCGGCCAUCCUCCUUGAGAGCACCGAUGUGCGCAUGAGCCCGGAGGAGGCCGCACGCGGCGGAUAUGCCAUGGCUUGGGCGCAGGCCUUCGAGGGGCAUGCAUGGCGCCCACCGCUGCAGCCACGUGCCUUCUGCGUCUGCAUCACAAAGACCCGCAGGACGAGGCCUGGAUACCCGUUGUCUGGCAAGAAAGGGGAGAGGGCGGAGAUCACAGGAGUGGCGGCACCAUGCGGCACCGAAUGGUGGAGCUGUGGCGCUGGAGGUAAUGCAGGGACCGAUGGGGCCGGGAACUUCGGAGCUGCAGCUGAAGAACCGCUGCAGCCACUUCGGCUUUCGAAGAUGGCGACUUAG